AUGGGCCACUAUGCCAUUGUAGGAUCUGUCAACAACAAGAUGAAUCACCUCUACAAGGACUAUUUGUGCACAACCAUUGCCAAGCUUGGAAAUCUGCAUGUUCUCAAAUGGGCCCGUGGCAAAGGCUUUCCAUGGGAUUAUUGGACAUGUGCUCGUGCUGCUGAAAAUGGGCAUCUGGAAGUCUUGAAAUGGGCCCACGGAAAUGGUUGCCCUUGGGAUGAAUUCACUUGUGAAAAGGCUGCCAAAGGUGGGCAUUUUGAGAUACUGAAAUGGGCCCAUGCAAAUGGUUGCCCUUGGGAUGGACUCACUUGUGCAUAUGCUGCAGGAAGUGGACAUUUGGGGUUGCUGAAGUGGGCGCGUGCAAACGGCUGCCCUUGGUCUUCAUACACUUGUGCAUUAGCUGCUGAACAUGGCCAUUUGGAAAUUCUGAAAUGGGUACGUCAAAAUGGCUGCCCAUGGGACAUUGAUAGUACUUGUGCUGGUGCAGCCAGGGUUGGGCAUCUUAAUGUAUUGAAGUGGUUGCGUGAAAAUGGCUGCCCAUGGAACGCCAACACUUGUACAAAUGCUGCUUGGGGUGGACAUUUGGAAAUACUGAAAUGGGCCUGUCCAUGGAAUCAACAAACUUGUACAACUGCGGCUUGGAGUGGACAUUUGGAAAUACUGAAAUGGGCCAGAGACAAUGGUUGUCCAUGGGAUGCCGAUACUUGUAGAUAUGCUGCUCUUGGCGGACAUUUGAAAUACUGA